AAGGCACUCAGAAGACGAGUUAACAUAUUUUGUAUAAUUGCCAAAUGAAUGCUCACUAACAAUAUUUGUGUUCUCUAAGCAUUGAGCCCCUCGUUCAGGCUAUUAAGGCCUACUCGAAUAAAGCCGAAAAUGCUGUCUUCCUCGCACUGUUAUAGUCUUAAGAUUCGGUCUGCAGAGAUCGGUUGUUAUUGCCUCGGAGACAAAAACGACUGCAGAUGCUGGAAUCCUUUGCCUGUUCCUGCCUUUAGUCGGUGAGAAGUGAAGGGAUCACACCAUUCUCCAAAUAUUACAGGUGCUGCAAGAAUACUGCUGCACAUGUUUUUGUUAAAGUACGGCAAGCGUCUGAACUGAAUGCAAAUAUUCAACUUUCACGGCACCCAUGGGUUUGGCAGCUGAGAUCUGUCAACUGCAUGGAGAGGCCGACUGGAGGGUGAGCCUUUCUUGUUCUGUUUCCAUCCGCGCUGAUGGAAUAUACACAAAAAAUCAAAACUUUCAGUCUGACACUACGUAUGCAAAUAUGUUUAAGCACUAAUUUGGCGUCGAGUUCAAGAUUAAGCGGGGUGGGGGGAGGAACGCCUAUUAAACAUCGCAAGUAAGCCUUUCUCCUUGAGCAGGCCAUUCAUCAACAAGUACAGAGGUGACAAAAUGACUUGUUAGGUCUUUCUUAUCGUCUGUCACGUUUUGAACGGAUACCACUUCAAAGGUUAAGAUGCAUUGGCAGACAGGGAAAAAGGGCUCAUGCAUAUGCAAGUUAUUUAUUGACACACCCCACCGUUGUGCUUGUAUUAAACGUCAUAUGCGCCUCCUUUGCCAUUUUUUCACCUGGUUAUGGGUAAAUAUUCAUCCCCACGCACUCACCCUUAAAUAAAAUGUUUAUUUCACGUUGAUCAGUCUGAUUAAGGUAUCGCCUUCGUACCUUUUCUGCCAAUUAAUAUGGCUUGCCACUUAAUUACAGCGCAAUCGUUCUGCAACAAUCUGUCAAACGACAGAAACACGGUACUCCCCAUCCCAAUAAAAAUCACGUGAGAAAAGAUGCAAUCUCUGAUUUUUCUUUUCGUUGUUUGCCUCAAAAAUCUGGCCAAGAGAAACCGACGCCCCUUCCGCUCACACACAACCCACUAAAAGUCCAAAAGGGCAAAGAGGGCUUGAAACCUAUAUUUUCUUGCUGUUUGUUUUGGUAGUUUGCUUUGCUCCCUUUCUCUCAGGCUGACGCUUUCCCGCGAGACAAAAGUGCAACGUUCAAAUUGCAACUGGAAAAUGGAACAAAGCAGAGAAAGGAAACAGGGAGGAGGGAUGCGACGGUGCAAAGUAAAACGGAAAAAGAAAACAAAGAGGAAACAACAAGGCGAACUAUACCUAAGGCUCAGAAACGGCCGCGGCUUCCGUUAUUUCUCUUAAAGGCGAGAUGUUGCGAGUCGCAGGAAGGCAGGAAAAAAAGGCAACACACUCAUACAAAAAAACUGUCAUAAAUUAGCGGUUGCCAUGGUAGCUGCGUGGCUGAUUGGACAGGGGCGCCGGUGACGCGGCGGGACGUGUGACGGCGAUGUGAAUAAGGUGUGCGCCGGCUCCAGGAAACAUGCAGUCGAGUGAGGGCGUGCGGCGAGCAGAGCAGCAGCAGCUGGUGAUUGGCAUGUUUAUCCACACAACUCCUCUAGCUGUACAGUAAACACGACUGGAGAUAUUUCUCUUCCAAGACCAGGAAAGUUGAACCAUGAAAUCAAAAUCAAUGCUUGCCACAGGCCUGUCACCCAUAUGUUAUUUCUGGAGUAUUUAAUAUCUAGAGAUAUUACUAUUUUGCUAAUGGUACAUACAUACUGCAGUAUUAUUAUAAGAAAGCCAAGCAAAUAACUUACGAGACAAAGUUAAACCUUGGCAUCUUUGUGCAUCAUGUUGAAGUAAACAAUUUAAUACUCCAGAGUGACAGCACUGUUGCUUAUUGGUCAGUAUAGUGUGUCUUUUUUUUGUUUUUAUUUUGUAGUUAUUUCUUGAGAGGGCGAUUGUUGCUCUAGGAGCUCACCUGCGUCGGUUUGCUUUCACUCAUAUCAGCUACCUCAAAAAAAACAAAACGCUGGCCACUUCAUCGUUUGGAACCGUCGCCCUUUAAUAAGAGCCAUUUUAAGGAUCAGCCUGGUGGACGUUCGAGGACCUCAUUAUUACCAGCCAAAUAUCUAACCGUCAGCUAUCUCAUUUUCUGGGAACAAUCCAAAGACAAUGGUGCACUGUGCGGGGUGCGAGAGGCCUAUUCUUGAUAGGUUUCUAUUAAACGUCCUGGACAGAGCUUGGCAUGUGAAAUGUGUACAGUGCUGCGAAUGUAAAUGCAAUUUAACAGAGAAAUGUUUUUCGCGAGAAGGAAAGCUCUACUGCAAAAACGACUUCUUUCGUCGUUUUGGCACUAAGUGUGCCGGCUGCUAUCAGGGUAUCUCCCCGAGCGAUCUGGUGAGGAGAGCGAGGAGCAAAGUCUUUCACCUGAACUGUUUUACUUGUAUGAUAUGCAACAAGCAACUUUCCACCGGAGAAGAGCUCUACAUCAUAGACGAAAACAAAUUUGUUUGCAAAGACGAUUUUCUAAACAGCAAUAAUUCGAGAGAAAACGGCGCGCUGUCAGUAACGGCAUGUAGCGAUCAAAGUUUCUCACCGGAUUCUCAAGAUCAUUUACAAGAUGACACAAAAGACUCAGAAAGCGCCAAUAUUUCAGAUAAAGAGACUGCCAUUAACGAGAACGAGGAACAGAACCUGGGAGCGAAGCGCCGCGGACCGCGCACGACCAUCAAAGCGAAGCAGCUGGAAACCCUCAAAGCGGCUUUUGCAGCAACCCCUAAACCAACCAGGCACAUCCGAGAGCAGCUGGCUCAGGAGACCGGGCUCAAUAUGAGGGUUAUACAGGUCUGGUUCCAGAACAGGAGGUCUAAGGAGAGGCGGAUGAAACAGCUGAGUGCUUUAGGGGCCCGCAGACACGCGUUUUUCCGCAGCCCCAGACGGAUGAGACCCCUGGGAGAUCGCCUCGACGGGGCUGACAUGAUGGGAAACGGCCCUUUCAAUUACUACGGGGAUUAUCAGACUGAAUAUUAUGGUCCUGGAGGCAAUUAUGAUUUCUUUCCUCAAGGUCCCCCCUCUUCUCAAGCUCAGACUCCAGUGGAUCUGGGUUUUGUGCCCUCUUCCGGGCCUGGGGCGACCCCACUCGGCGGACUUGAGCAUCCACUGCCCGGCCAUCAUCCAAGCAACCUGCCCGGUCCAGGCGACAGUCAGAGGUUCACUGACAUGAUCUCUCACUCUCACGGGGACUCUCCGAGCCCGGAGCCGGGUCUAACGGGACCGUCAAUGCACUCGAUGGCUGCGGAUGUUUUCGGACCGGGUCCCAGUCCGUCAUUCUCCCUCACCAAUGGGGGAUACACCAGCCACUUGUCACAUCCACCCCCGGAAAUGAACGAGACUGCCGUUUGGUAACGACUUCCGACUUCGCGAAAAUUGUUGAUUUAACAUCAAGGGACAAUAUUGACAGUUCUGUACCCCCCUCCCUCUCUCUCUCUCUCUGCUCCAUCCCAACCCCAAAGACAAUGCGUUGCCCGGACAGCAAGAAAAAGGCGAGAUUUUCAAAGCUCGUUACAACAGAUGUCGAAAUAAUUAUAUUUAAAAAAAACUUCAAUCACGGAGAAAAUUUGAACCAGCUUACAUAAUGACAGCGUCUGAAGCAGGGCGAACGAAAGCUGGGAUUCCAAAACCCAAAAGGAACACAUUUCAGAAUGACCUCGAAAAGAUAAUAGCGUCUGGGAGCCCUCAAAACUUUAACGCAAACCAUUCUACCUACACAAAGCUGAACAACAAAAAAGCUCAUGAAUAAACUGAAAGAGUCUACUGUUUACGUAUUAUAUUUAAUUCAGGACGUUAAUGUUUUAGAAAACAUUUUAGAGCCUCAUGAUCUGAAUUGAAGAAACGGGCAUCAAGUAACCAAACUUUUUUUUGUCUCCAAAAAAAACGUACAAAAAGGUUUGUGGAGUUGUGGUUCACAGCUCGUUUGUACAAAGUGUUUUUAUUUUGCGUAUGUUUACAAAAGUGGAAAACAAACUAGAAAGGUGCCAAAUAGAUAAGUCAUAGCACAAUUACUGUAGGUGCACUGCACCAUCCACUGGAGAAAGUGUUCAGAAAGAGAGUGUUAAAAAUAUACUUUCAGCUAAUUUUUAGCUCUCUCAUCGGAGUCAUUCAUGUUGUUAAUAAUGCCCAUUAUAGAUUCAUACAGGAUUUUAUUUUUGUGUCUUACAGAUACGAAAGGUCAAAUAUUUAAACAAUUUUACUACAUGGUCAAAUAUGCAGUCGAGAGCUGCUACUUUUUGCUUUAUACAGUAUAGGAUUCCUCAUAUCAUUUUUGUCAUAAUAGGCCUAAGCUUCUGUGACCUCCGUUGCAUAUUAGACCAUUCACUGUAUAAAUGAAAACAUGUUGAAUAAA